AUGGAAAACCACGACGAAGUCGAGGUGCCCCAAUAUUUUGUUUGCCCCAUUUCCCUCCAAAUCAUGCUAGACCCCGUCACCGCCGCCACCGGCAUCACGUACGAUCGAUCUAGUAUCGAGCGGUGGCUAAAGGCGGCUGUGAAUCAUGAACCCGUAUGUCCCGUGACAAAACAGGCUCUUCCUAGCCAACAUCUGACCCCUAACCACACCCCACGGCGGCUCAUCCAAGGUUGGUGCGUUGCCAAUGCUAGCCAUGGUGUGGAACGAAUCCCCACCCCUAAAGCUGUCCUUUGUCGGGCCCACAUCAUGAAGAUCCUUCGUGGGCUUAGUAUACCUCACCUGCAGUCCGCCUCACUUGAUCAGCUCCUUUCAUUGAUUGAUCAUGCCAAGGAUGAAGAUAGGAAUCUCAUGGCGGAAUGUGGGGUCGUCAAAGCUAUGGUUGCGUUGAUUAUCAAAUGUUUUAAGGAAAGGAAGACCACAUUUCUUGAGGAAGCCUUAAGGAUUAUUACGACUAUUUGGAUUCCGGCUAACGUGUCUUCUGAGGUGAGAGCCAUUGUAGCAGACAAUAUUGAACUAAUUGAUGCCAUCACAUGGGUCCUCCUACUAGACCAGGAUGAUAGUCGAAAGGUCAAACUAAUUAAGGAGUUGGUUAAGGUUGCGGGCUCCAGCCUCGUCGAGAGGUUCAAGCCUGACUUCUUCAAGGGAGUUGUGGGUAUCUUAUUAGAUUAUCAUCACAAUAAUAAUAAUAAUAAUAAUAAUAAUAAUAAUAAUAAUAAUAAUAAUGAAAACAUCAAUGUGGGCCCUGUAAAGGCAGCCCUCCGAGUUUUACUGGAGGUGUGUAAACAUGGGCGGAACAGGCAUAGAAUCAUUGAUGCCAACACCAUUUUCCACCUAAUUGAGCUUGAAUUAGAGUUGGGCCUGGCCCAACCCGACAAGAUUAAAAAAGUGAGCGAGCUAGUGUUUUGCCUCUUAGCCCAAUUAUGCUCCUGUGCGGACGGGAGAGCCCAGUUCCUAGCCCAUUCAGGGGGUAUAGCAGUGGUAUCAAAGAGGAUAUUGCGGGUGUCAGCGGUGGUGGAUGACCGGGCGGUUCAUAUUUUCGGGCUAAUAUCGAAAUUCUCGGGCACAAAAGAAGUGUUGCAUGAGAUGUUAAAGGUGGGUGCAGUAUCAAAGUUGUGCAUGGUGUUGCAGGCAGAUAGUGCAAAAUAUUUGAAAGAUAAAGUGAGGGAAAUACUAAGGAUGCAUUCCCAUGUUUGGAACAACUCACCUUGUGUUCAGGUUUACCUUUUAACAAGGUAUCCUAUGUUGCAAUUUUGA